GUGACUGAAGACUUGGAGUAAUCUUUGUCUUUUUGCUAUUGCAUGCGAAUUCAAACCAAUGUAAUAUGAGCAGUGUUUAUUUCAUCUACAUGAACUGAAUUGAUUAUGUAAAAUCUUCUGAUAGACUGAUAAGGAGCUGCAAAAGUUCUGGUAAAAGACUAGCAAUCAGCCCAAGGUGAACCAAACGUCCAGCCACAAAAGUGUUGGGGACAGGAACCAACUAACAAAGAUGGUUGGACCUUUGAUAUUUCUUCUCAUUGGCUCUGUACUCCAAGGCUGUAACAGCUUUCAGGUGAAUCUGGCGCAGACUGUACAUGUUAUGACAGGAUCAUGUGUGACCAUUCCCUGCUCCUUUGAUGUAAUGAAGGAACAUCAAAAGAACUUAAAUAACCAAUGUGUAGCUAAAUGGUUUUCAUCUAAACCCAAAGCUCAACAACUAAUUGAUAGAGAUCCAGUAACAGGAAACCUAACAAAGAAAGACUGCACCACAACCUUCAACAAAAUGCAGACUAAUGACACCGAGACUUACUACUUCAGACUGGAGUGCAACAAUAGUCUAAAAUACAGUUUCAAAAACUCAAAAGUAAAAAUUGAGGUCACAGAUAAUUUCCCCUCACCAACUCUGACUCCGUCCACACUGAAGAUAAAGGAGGGAGAGUCAGUGAGUCUGAUGUGCUCUGCUCCAGCUCCAUGUCUGCCUCAUCCUCCGACACUGACUUGGACCCCAACACUGGGCGAGAUUCAGGAAACACUGCAGGAGAAUCGGAACAAAACCAAAUUCAAGACCUCUGUUCUGAACUUCACUGCUUCUCUCCUCCACAAUAAACAGAACAUUUCCUGCACUGCUGUGUACAAGAAACAAGAUGGAAGCUCUGAUGCAGCUUUUACCACAGGAUUAAUGACAGAUGUUUUAUAUUCCCCUAAAAAUCUCACAGUUUCAGCCAGUCCGUCUGGUUCGGUUCUAGAGAACAGCAAUGUGGUUCUGACAUGUAACAGUAAUGCCAACCCAGCAGAGCAGAAUUACACCUGGUAUAGAGCUGAUGAAGGACAGGAAAAUGUCCUUGGAACUGGAAAGAUUUUGAACAUUAAAGUUUCAACAGACAAGAAGAUUUUUUUCUGCAAAGCUGUAAAUGAGAUUGGAGAAGGACAUUCCGAACUCAGGCAUAUAGAUGUUUGGUUCCCUUCACAGAUCCUGUUCUCAUCAAACUGCACCAAAACUGCAAAUCAGCUCAACUGCUCCUGUGAAACGGUGGGAAAUCCGACUCCAAUGACUCAUUGGUUCUUGAAUGGGCAACCUGUUAGUCCAUCUAGCCAGGUGGUGGUUACAAAUGAGUUUCUAGAUGCCUCACAUUUGAGGAGCAUCAUCACUGUGAAUGAACCUCAGAACAAAGAUCUGUCCACCUUGCUGUGCUUCAGCUCCAACUCCUUGGGAUCAGCCAGUAAACAGUUUUUUGUCAGCGGCCUUGAGACCUCUAAAGAAAACCCAGGUCAAAUCACACUGGCUGGUUUCAUUGCCACAGUUGUUGCUUUUGUACUGGUAGUAUUUGCCCUCCUGGUUUUAAUCUGGUUUCAAAAGACACACUCCAAACCUAGAGGGAUUGGAGGUGAUAUUGACACAAAUGCAUAUCUAAUGACGGAGGAAAGUCAGGUACCAAACAUGAUUGAAGAUGCAAUUUAUGCAAACACUGCUGAACUUAGUCAAGCAGAAAUUUGCCAACCUUCAAAUGGAACUGACAACGAAAUCAGUGAAAGUUCAGGAAAGAAAAGUGAAGAUCUGGUUUAUGCCCGUGUGAAUUGGUCAAGAAAGAUGAAAGCAAAGAAGCCGGAGAAUGAUGCAAACAUGAAACUCACUGGCAACUCCUUUUCAGAGGAGGAGAAAUUUGAGAGGGGAGACAUGCUUUUUGUGAGCUCUGCACUGGAAAUGGGAAGUCUGUAUGCAGAAGUUAAGACCAGAAAUGUAAAAGUGAAUAUGCUCAGCUUAAAUUCAUGAACAAAUGUGCAAUACAGAAUAAAUUAUCACUCUGUGGCAGGCGGGGUUCUAAAAAUGAGAUGAAACAAACUAAAGUCCUAGUACAAGGUCAAGAAGGUUUUGAAAAAAAUGUCCUGCUGGUUGACAUUGAAUUAAGAACAAUAUGUUAUAUUGUUAUGAAUUUGUUUUACUUAAGGUAUUCUUGUUUUGGCCGAGGACCUUUUUGGCCAAAGCAUUUCUUACAUUUUUUAACAUUUGGAAAGUUAUGACAAUUAUCUCCAACUCCAGCUUUUGUCAGUGUAGAAACCAUACCUAAUCCAAUUUUCUCACCACUCACACAAUAGUAACAGCACACAACAAAAACGUUUUCCUCAGGUGAUGUCUCGAGAACGUACUGCCAAAGCUAAGAAAUUAUGUCAUUUUGUUUUUGCAGAGAAGAACAAAUUGUUCUGUACCCACACAAUAUAUUUAGAUCUCAUUUUAACUCUCGCUAGCUGAUGCAAUUUGUCAAUAUAUGAUAUGUUCACUUAAUUUGAAAUUGACAGAAUAUUUUAGAACCAUCUGUAUUUUCUAAAGCAACAGCUGAAGUCUUCUGGCUUUAUAUGAGCUGUCAAAAAACAAUGCUGAUAGUACCAGGCUUCUCUAAAAUAUUUGUUCCCCUCCUUAUUGUGAUGCCAGCAGUAGUGGAUGGUGCUAUAUCUCAGUACUUUGUGCUGUAUUUAUAAACCAUUUAUUAAAGUUGCAAUUAAAGAGCCAAACUUUUCUAGUUAUAGUUUGAUACUUCAUUAAAUUAACUUCAAUCACAUGCUUUAAAAUCAAGUACUUUGCAGUAUUAAUAUCACUAUUGCAUGGUCUACAUUUGGUUUGCGAUUGUUUUAAAGUGUUUAUUUGACCUUAUUUGAGCUAUCCACGCUUUAUGAAUUUGCAUUUUAGCAUCCGUUCUGUCAUAUAAUCUUGAUAAAGUGCAAUACAAUUUAAUAUAGUUAUACGUUUUCCUGUUAUUUAUUAUUUUAGACAACAGAAAUCAACACACUCAUUUUCAGUAAAAUAUGUGCACACUGCCAUCUAGUGUCAAUCUACCAUACCAUAACAGGAGGUUUUCUAUAAUGGAAACAUAAAACCUCUAUUCAGCUUCUAAAAUAAAAUAAUAAUUCAGUAGUUUAUAGUGAAACUCCCUUCUUCAGUUUAAAAGCUUUGCUGCAACAUGAUUUUAAACUUGCAAAACAUCAAGCAACACUGGAGGAGACACAAUGAUGGAGAAUUUAAGGCUAAGACAAACAGUAUUUAGUUCCACCUCAGUUCCACUUGUAUUAUUGAAUGUAUGUAAUUUAAAACUUCUUGAUUAUUUAGACCCCUUCUCUCACCCGAAACGUUCGCUGAAGAUAGGCACCAGCACCCUUCCCAACCCUAGGGACAAGGGUGUAUAGAAAAUGGAUGGAUGGAUGGAUGAUUAUUUAGAUCUGAAAGAAGCCAUUCAUGAGAAAGAUCUCUUUAUGGACAGUUUUACUCUUUUUGAUGUAAAUAAGGUUAUUUUCAACACUUUUAAGUUGGGUUUUCAGCCACAAUACAGUGUACCUUGUUCCUCAGCAGAAUUUUUUUUUCAUUUUCUUUCUUAAUGCUUUUCUAUAAAACAUGAGUUUGUGAAUAAUUGGUGUUAUAAAGAAAACUUUGAGUCGGCUUUCCUUACUGUCACAUUCAGAAAUCAGCUCAGUAGGUAUGAUACUAAGUGGUGGAACUCAUGAGCAGCAAUUAUCAAACAUCCUCAGUCAUGAUGUGGUAGAACCUGCACAAAAGAACCUGAGUUCAGGUUCUGGCAAGAAAGAGGCUGUAAGUAAGAAUACCUUCAUAUGAAUGCAGUCACAGGGGAUGAUCACAAGAGAGUCUCAAAAAACUCUAGUUAAACAAAAAAGUGGGACAUCAAGAUGGUGGAGGCAACAUAUUUUUUGAAUGCCCUCCUUCCCGCUUUUAUAGAAAGCAACAAUGUGAAAUAUCUUACAAAAAGUUUAAAGUGUAUUUAUCAACAGCCAGUGUUGAAUGCAAAACCUAACCCCAAUAAAUCACUUGCACAUGCCCCAUCAACAUUGCUUAUGCAAAUUGAAAUAAAAAGUCAAUAUUGGCUUGAAAUAACAUGGAUCAAACUGGCUAGUGUACAAUUACCCACCAGUUACAUCAGUAGUAACUGAUGGUUGAGACCAUAGCAGAGUGUGAGGUCAAUUCUUUAUAUGAAGGUUUGUGCUGCACCUAGAUAGACCAGCAGCCAGAUUUUAGUAACUGUUACGGCUGUCUAUGUCAUCAGUGGAUGUAGAUUUAUAAAAUCAACCAUAAACCAUUUAAAAUGUGGCACCAAUUAGACAAAGAAAGAGAGUCAAGCAGAAAAAUGUAGCAAAAUUAUGGUCUUAUUGAAAUUUACAAAUAAUAGUAAAUGUAAAUGCAUAAAUUCCAUUUGUAUACAUAGUAGUAUGUAGUUUUAAUUUAUAAGGACUCUGAGUAUGAGCAUGUGCUUUGUUUUUUCUCUUCAGUUCUUGAGUGGACAGUCUACUUUUCUGUAGUGAGCUAAAUCUCCAUUGACACUGAUAUUGACAAAAAGCAGUUCAGUUUCAACAAGUAUGUAUUGUUCACUUACAACAUGAUGAAAUAAGUGCGUGCUUCACACAUUAUGUGUUAUGUGGUUAAUAUUUAACACAUGUUCGUUGUCAAGAUAACCAGAGAUCAUCCCAUUAUUCCCAUGCAGGAGAUUUUAGGUUCUCUUUUAGUUCUCAGUGUCAGCAUUAAGAAAAGAUAGGUUAGAUAAGAUGAUGGAUUUUUAUUUGAUUACUUCUGCUACUGAAAUGAAGCUGUACUGACCCUCUUAAAAUUGCCUUAGUAAUGAACUAUUUAGCAUAAAGAAAAUCUAAAAGAAGUUGUGGACAUUCAGUUAAAAAAGUGUCACCUCAAAGUUCUUUGACGGUUGUAAAAUAGCAAUGACGCUUAAUUCUGGAGAGAAAAAGAUGGUUAAAGUUUUAAUAGGUUGCCUUAUUAUAUGUAAAACAACACUCUUGGGAUUCGCACGAGUCACUAAAAAGAACCUGGUUCAGAAACAAGUGCACAUUCUAACAAAGAGGAAGAGCGACUGUUAACAGGUGUGCUCUGUGAAACAGGCUGCUGAGCCUGGCUAAUUCACAGGGGGAAGCAGGAUGGGACACUCAGAUGGAGGCCAGCUUACAGAGAGUUUAUCUCAGUUCUGGACAAGGUCAUACCCGGCAGACUUAGGAAACUCAAUUUAGCAGAUAGAUUGAGAGCUGGUAGCUCGUCUCAUCCUCUCAGAAGAAGAAGGGGGCGGGAAAGGGAGGCUGGGGGAGUCAUGCAGCUACAACAUUGUCUACACAAUAUCAGCAGUAGGUCUACAUCAGGGAUGAAACAUUUGCACAUUAAAUUAAUGAGUAACUGAUGCUAAGAUUACAGAGUCAAAUCUGAUGGGACUGUUUACAUUUCUCUGGGGAAGUUGUCAUUGUCAUAUGGUAAAUGUUUAAUUUGGUACCUCUUUUUCAGUACUUGCAGCUUCUGAAUAGGUGUGCACAUUUUAAGGAAGAUGACUUUUCCACUGACUGCUUAAUCAUAAACAGUCAUUGUCUGUUUGAUACUCCACACUAGAAGCAAAGAUAUUUGAAGAAGGUUAAUAUUAUCUUCAAUGAUAAUUUUAUUUACUGGAAUAAAAUUAUUUUGUAAAAGCAAACAAGGAAAACAAAUAGUUCCAGCAUUUCAUUUACAAGAGUAAGCUUGACAUCAGCUCAACAAACAUGACUGGACCUCUGAUGAUUCUUCUCAUUGGCUCUUUACUACAAGGCUCCAACUGUAACGGAUAUCAGGCUAACUUGCCACAGAUUGUACAAGUUAUGACAGGAUCAUGUCUGACGGUGCCCUGCUCCUUUGAUGUAGCGGAUCAAAGCGCCUUAAAUAACCAAUGUCAAGCUAUUUGGCGUUCCCAAAGCACAGGCAAUGCCCAACAGCUUGCUGACAGAAAUCCACAAACAGGAGACUUAACAAAGAAAAACUGCACCACAACUUUCAACAAUAUGCAGCUUUCUCAUACCAAGAGUUAUUACUUGAGAAUCAACUGUAAUAAUCCUCUAAAAUACAAUUUUUACCCACCAUAUGUAAAAAUUGAUGUCACAGAUAAUUUUCCCUCACCAACUCUGACUCCGUCCACACUGAAGAUAAAGGAAGGAGAGUCAGUGAGUCUGAUGUGCUCUGCUCCGGCUCCAUGUCUGCCUCAUCCUCCAACUCUGAUUUGGACCCCAAAACUGGGGGACAUUCAGGAAACACUGCAGGAGAAUCUGGACAAAACUAAAUUCAAGACGUCUGUUAUGAACUUUACUGCUUCUCACCUCCACAAUAAACAGAACAUUUCCUGCACUGCUGUGUACAAGAAACAAGAUGGAAGCUCUGAUGCUGGUCUUUCAACACGCUUAAUUCCAGAUGUUUUGUAUUCCCCUAAGAAUGUCACAGUUUCAGUCAGUCCCUCUGGUCCGGUUGUAGAGAACAGCAAUGUGACUCUGACAUGUAACAGUGAUGCCAACCCAGCAGAGCAGAAUUACACCUGGCAUGGAGUUGAUGGAUCCAAGGAAAUUGUCAUUGGAAAUGAAAAGAUUUUAAACAUCAUAGUGUCUACAAGCAAAAAGAGUUUUUUUUGCAUGGCUGAAAAUGUUCUUGGUGAAAAACCUUCAAACAUCAGUGACAUAGAUGUUCUGUUUCCUUCACGGAUAUUAUUUUCAUCUAAAUGCAUGAAAACUUCAAAUCAGGUCAACUGUUCCUGUGAAACAGUAGGAAACCCGUCUCCGACAACACAUUGGUACUUGAAUGGGAAACCAGUGAUUCAGUCUAGCCAGAUGGUGAUUACACAUGAGUUUCUAAAUAGCUCAUAUCUGAGGAGCAUCAUCACUGUUGAUGAACCACAGGACAGAGAUCUGUCCACCUUGCAGUGCUUCAGCUCCAAUUCUUUGGGUUCAUUCAGUAAAGGGUUUUGUGUCAGCUACCUUUACAACUCAAGAGAAAAUGAAGGUCAAAUCUGGAUGCCUGUCUUCAUUGCCAUUGUUGUAGCUUUUCUACUUAUAAUAUGCGCCUUGCUGCUUGUUGUCGGGUUUCAGAGGACUCACUAUAAACCUAAAAGUGUCACAGCUGCUUCAGGUCAACAUGGAGCCAAAGAGCAAAGCAAGGCCGACAACUGCCAACCUUCAACUGGAACUGAUCUAAGCUGCAAUAAUCUGGAAAAAAUGAGUAAAAGCUCAGCAGACAAAAGUGAAGAUGUGAUGUAUGCUAGUUUAAAUUGGAGAGAAAAUAACAAAGCGAAGGAGGAAGACUUUUACGUGAAUCUUGAACUGCCCGAUGUCUCCCGUUUGAAUGAGAAAAAGUGUGAGAAUGUGGGAGAACUUUCUGUGAGCAAUGACGAACAAAUAGGAAGUUUGCAUGCUGAAGAUAAGACUAAAAACAUAAGAAAGGAAUCAGAGGUUGUAUAUGCGCAGGUUAAAUUUCAGACCAAAACCCGAGUCUGAGUAAAUGAUCAUUCUCUGGACAUAAUAGUGAAAAUAAACUCAAGUGAAAUAAAAGUUUAACACUGAAAAUCAA